AUGCCUUUGGACGUGUUCAUUGCGCGCCGUCUGCUCCUGUUGAUCUUAAGCUUGCUGAAUUUCCGCGCGACCGACGACGGCGUGUCCUGCCUCAAGGGCUGGAAGGACUCCGCGAAUGCCGAGGAGAACCUCAGUACUCACCGCCGGUCCACGGAGAGCGCGAUCGGCAUCGGCGCCGUCACCGUCUACUCCUCUAGCGAUGCGAUCCACGCCGUCGAACUUCGCUCAUCACCCCCGCCUUGCUUUGCGACGCCGCAAACACCGUUCGGCGAAUCAGGACCCUCUGCCAAAUCCUACGCGCCGCAUGGACCCCCAGACGCGCAUGACGAUAUCUCGAUCCAUACCGAAGAACAGGACGACCUGCCAAAACUCGUUACCGACCUCCUCGGCGAUGCCCGAUUCUCAUGGUCGCCCCGCUGUGCGUGCGAGAUGCUCCGCUGGUGCAUCGCGCACGGUGUGAAGGUCUACCGGUACAUGUUCGACGAGGAGGCGCCGCCCAAAGCCACCUCCGGCGUGAAGGUUUGA